CAGGGUAGAGUUUCAGCGUAAACGCCAGAUUUUUGAAAUCCGUUACAAUAUAAAUAUUUACGAAUAAUGGCACAAAGGGAUACGAAAAAACAAAGUAAAUAGCCUUAAUAUGGCAAUACUAUUUCUGUUAAAACUUGGCAGCACAGUUUGUAAUUAAAUUAGCUAAGCAGAUCAAAAAGAAAAAAUUGUGAGAUUUCUUUGAUAUCAAAUUGUACAGGUCAAAACUAAAUAUAUUCGUGUUAUAAUAUUUAAUUUGUGUUUGUGACGAUAUAGUACAUUUCAAUGCAUCUGGGAGCCGACAUAUCUAGUGCUCUGCAGCAAAUUGAAGCUGUUAAGAAGGGGAUCGAUGAAUCGGAAGAUGCAAAACUACAAAUGCAAGCUGCCGAGAGCCUCAAAACAAUAUUGGAUUUAUUGCAGGAUCCAGUUUUUCGUACCAUAGUUCACGUCCAAGAUUCACUUUCCGAAUUAAACGCUCAGUUAGCGCAACACCCAUCAAUGCUUCCCAAUGACUUCGAUAUUGACGUGGCUGGUAAUUUGGUUUUGAGCAUUAAUGGUGGUGAUGUUAUGUAUGAUUUUUCGUCUGCCCCACUUUCUCCUCAUUCGGGGCCAAGUAGUCCCGGUAGUGGACAAUUAACACCUUCUGCGUUAACAGGAGCACACGAAUUGGAUGAACAGGGACGUCCACAUUCUCAAAACUCUAAAGUAACUGGGGAUCUUUUCGCUGCCGACUAUGCGCAAAUACAGGCUAUUGAGUUGGUCAAUGAUGGUACAGGUCUUGGAUUUGGUAUAAUUGGAGCGCGUACUUCAGGUGUGACUGUGAAGACUAUUUUACCCGGGGGCGUUGCAGAUCGCGAUGGACGCUUGCGUUCUGGAGAUCAUAUUUUGCAAAUUGGUGAUGUGAACUUGCAUGAUAUGGUGUCAGAGCAGGUGGCAGCAGUACUGCGGCAAUCGGGUACGCACGUGCGCCUCGUAGUGGCGCGUCCUAUGGAACAGUCGUCGCCCGGACAAUUUACGCUUGAACCUGGAAGUGCUAUUGUACCCACACGGGUUUUGGUUGAUCCAGUUGAGUUAGAACGUUACCUUAUUUCUACUGGUUAUCCGGAGAUAUUCGGAGAAAGUUCUACUGCAUCUACACCGCAAACGACCACAGAAGAUGAACGGUUUAUUUAUCGAUCGGAUGAUAUUUCAAAGCGUCCACCAAUGGCAGUGCCGACUAUUGAUUUAGAUGAAUUACUGGCUUUACCAGAAACUGAGAAACUUCAAGUUGAAUUAACUAAAGACAUGAAUGGUCUCGGUAUUACCAUAGCUGGAUAUGUUUGCGAAAAAGAAGAACUUUCAGGUAUUUUCGUAAAGAGCGUGUCCCCAGGAUCUGCUGCUGAUAUGAGUGGACGCAUACGCGUUAAUGACCGCAUUAUUGAGGUGGAUGGUCAAUCAUUACAAGGUUUCUCGAAUCACCAGGCUGUAGAGCUUCUCAAAAAAUCAGGACAAGUUGUCAACCUGCGCUUGGAGCGUUACUUACGUGGUCCAAAGUACGAACAAUUGCAACAGGCCAUUGCUGCCAAUGAUAAAAUACCAAGUGUUCCGUCAACACCUUCUAGAGUUAAUUUGCCGUCUCCAAUAACUCCAGUCACAUCACAACGAACGUCUUCUAUGCCUAAAGCACAACUACCUUCUCAUAUCACAGGAGAUUCACAUGAAUUACCUUUUGAUGUUCUUUCUAAUUUGCCUUCAGCCACAGUCCCAGAUGCUUUUAUGACAUCUAUUUCACCGGCAACAACUUCGUCAAUACCCACAACCUCUUUAAGUAGUUUUGGCUCUGGUAAAAAAAUGAUUGCAGUGCGCGACUCUAUUGAUGGUACUCCGAAGAUUAUACCUACAGAUGUUUCCAUUGGUUCGAUUGGCAAAUCGGAAAGUGAACUAACUGAAGUGGAAGAACCAUUGCAUGCUAAGAAUUCAACUUUAAUUUGUCGUCACAAAUACUACACUGAUCCUGAGUUAACUCCAGAUGUGGAACAAGAGAUUAUACGUAAAUGGAAGAAGAUUGUCGGCCCCGACGUAGAUGUUAUAGUUGCCCAGAUUAAAAAGUUUGCAGUCGGUGGUUUGGGUAUUUCUUUGGAAGGUACCGUUGAUGUUGAAGGCGGGCGUGAAGUUCGACCACAUCAUUAUAUUCGUUCAAUAUUGGCGGAUGGCCCUGUAGGUGUAAACGGUGUUCUUCGAUCUGGUGAUGAACUAUUGGAAGUGAAUGGCGAACGUUUGCUUGGAAUGAAUCAUUUAGAAGUAGUUGCUAUCCUCAAAGAAUUGCCACAAGAUGUACGAAUGGUCUGCGGUCGAGGCAAGAAUGCUUUAAUGCCAUUCUCAGAUGAUACAUUGAAGAAAUUAAGUAGUAAUUUUGAGAAUCUUAUGCCGACUUCAGAUCGAUUGGUGAAAGCCAAAUCCGAUGGCAGCUUGGCCACUGCUGGUUCGGUCAACGACGACUCGUUCAACAAGUUGAAGUCACGCUCACUAGAGCCACUAACAGGACUUGCAAUGUGGUCGUCGGAGCCGCAGAUAAUAGAACUGGUCAAGGGCGAUCGCGGUUUGGGCUUCUCCAUACUAGAUUACCAAGAUCCGUUGGAUCCAAAUGAUACCCUGAUUGUUAUACGAUCAUUAGUGCCUGGAGGAGUCGCACAAUUAGAUGGACGUCUUAUACCCGGAGACCGUCUAUUAUUCGUCAAUUCUAUUAAUUUGGAAAAUGCUUCUUUAGAUCAGGCAGUUCAAGCACUAAAAGGCGCACCCAAAGGGGUAGUCCGUAUUGGCGUAGCCAAACCGUUACCAAUGACAGAUAAUUCGUUGAAGAGUGGAAAUGGUAACAGCAUCGAAUCGAAAUGCGAAGACUCGUCUAUAGAAUCGAGCGGAAUGGUGGGUAGUGAAAAUGUCUCUAUGCAGCUGAGUAAUGCUUCCACAAUGAUUGUUGAACCAGAUUUAAUACCAGAUUGGCGAAAAUAAAUUAGUCCUAUCAAGGGAAAUAUAUCGCAAAGCAAUAACAAUUUAUUGAAAUCUUACAUUCACCUAAAUGUAUUCAUUGAAAGCUGCAAACUGUUAUCCUAGAAUAGAUUACAAUAACAUUACCCGUACGUGCGAAGUAGUGGAUAUCGGAUGUUUAUUUUCGAACAAAUUACAAAUAUUAUUGACGAAAUGCUUUUUUAAACUUAUUUUAUUCGAAAGAGUUAAUUGAACUAUACUUAAUUUACAAUUUUACUUAUUGUUAUUUAACUCAGAAUGCAUUCCAUUUAGAAAAUAUAUAGUUAGCAUCCC